GAGCUGUGGCCAUCGCUCCUCAUCAAUCCCAUGCUGCGGUCCAUGCUUCGCCCGCGCGGCCUCGUCCGCCUCUGCAGCACCAUCGCUGCGCCCAAGCCCGCGCGUCUGCCCGGCGUCGUCGUCGGCGAGGUGCUCCAGGUCACGGGCCACCCGCAAGCCGAGCGCCUGCACGUCUGCCAAGUCGCCGUGGGCCCAGAAGUGGACCCUGUCCAGAUCAUCUGCGGUGCGCCCAACGUACGCGAGGGCCUCAAGGUGCCGGUUGCGACGAUCGGGACACGCCUUACGCUCCGCGUGCCCAACCCCGAGGACGCGAACGCGCUCGUCGAUAAAGUGCUCAAGAUCAAAAAGUCCAAGCUCCGCGGCGAAGUCUCACAGGGCAUGAUCUGCUCCGAGGAAGAGCUGGGCCUCGCCGAGUCGAGCGACGGUAUCAUGGAGCUCGAUCUGGACGCAACCGUGGGCACAGCGAUCGCCGACUACUUGGCGGCGCGCAACCUGUAGUCGCUCAAUCAAGACGUAGAACGACGACAUGCGACUGCAUUACAUCCUUCUUGUACGACGCUGCAGGUAGGUACAACACCGUGGCACGGGAGCAGCUUACACCUUGCGAUCAAAUGUCUUGCCCGUAAUGGUCUUCUUCGU